AUGUGUUACUCUUCCCUGAGGUUAAACUUUUGUGGUUUUUUCUUUACACAGUCUUCACCGCGGUCAUUUGUAAAUUAUCUCUCACCUUGCUUCACCAAACGCCAUAUUUACACUGGGAUACAUUCUGAUAGAAUUCCAAACUAUACUAGAAUUGAUCCCGCUGAAGAAGAUGAUCUUAAUGAUGUUAGCCGGUUGUCUAUAAAGACUCUUCCUUUUCCUUCCUCCGUAAAGGAGAAGCUUUUUUCCCUCAUUAAGGGCGCAUCGAAGAAGAAGGACAUUGAUAACAUUGGAUCAUACAUUUCGAAAAAGAUUGCUUCCAGAACAUGUGUGGAAUUACCGAAAAUUCUACCCUCAGUUUUGCUGGACUCUAACAGCUUUGGAAACAAGUAUAUUGAGAAUUUAAAAAGUCUCUCAAGCGAUUCCCGCUUUACACAUUUCUUUAAUUUGCUAAAUAAGGGUGACGUCGGACCCAAUGAGCAGGCUCAAAUAGAUUUGAGUGAAGCUGAGGAUUCUCGGCACAAGAACAGCAGCAUUAACUUCUCUCCCCAAAUUGCGCUCGCCUAUACUGCUCACACCUACUUUGGACAGUACGCAGUCUUCAUUCGUAUAUUCCACGAGAUUAAUAAGAGGGUCGAGAAGUUGAAGUUGUCGAAAAUAUUGUUUUACAACCCUGGCCACGGCGCCUCCUUGGUGUAA